AUGUGCGGCUCUGACAUGUUUCUUGCCAUCCUGGCAAUCUUCUUUCCACCCGUCUCAGUCUGGAUCAAACUAGGUAUUUGCACGGCCGACUCCAUCAUAAACAUCGCUCUCUGCUGUCUUGGUUACGUCCCCGGCUUGCUCCACGCAUGGUACAUCAUCCUUAAAAACCCCGAACCGGACUACGACGACCCGUCAUACGAGCCCGUCCCUAACCGGAGGGGCGACGUCGAGAAUGGGCACGUAACAUACUACUAUGUCACUCACCAGCCUGCUCCGACUCAUCCUCAAAGAGGCUACGGCACUAUGCCUGCACAGCAAGGCUCGGACGCACAGUCGCAGUCCAGACAACCCGCUCCUAAGCCUCAACACGGACAAGAUGGUGCAGCUGGAAGCAGCAGACAGGGAAAUGAAGAAACCAGUCCUCCUACGUACGCCGAGGCUGUGAAGGGCGACCACAAAGUGCAGAAUCACGAUUAG